AUAAAAUUUUAUGGAGCAAGUGAUGAAAAUUAGUGAGACGAUGGGGGAUGAAGUGAAAUUUUACUUUGACUUUCAGAGAUGUAUUGAUGAAAUAAAAUCCCUCUAUGAUGCUCUUCUUUACAUCCACAUCCACAACUUAUCAAAAUUCCCAACUACCUCAGACCUCACCUACUACAAAUCAACUCUCCAGUCCCUAACCCACCUAAAAUCCCACCCAUCCCCCCUCUACACCCCCAAAACCCUAAAGAACGUCUGCCUGAACCUUACUACAAAAAUGAGACAAAAAUUAACUCAGACUGGAAUUAGCUUAGUCAGUCAGGAAGAAAUUAAUGAAAUUUGGAGAAGAGAACAGGAAAGAGAGAUACAGGUUGAGAAUGAGGAGCUUGAUAGGAGGUUUGGAGAGGUGCAGGAGGAGUUGAGAGAGGUGCUGAAGAUAUUGGAGGGAUUAGGAGGACCAGAGAGUAAUUUUUGGAGGUAAAAAUGGUUUCUAGCGGUUGAAUUGGG